AAUCAUCAGUAAUUUUCUGAGGCUUCUUCAAGACUCUCCCUACCUUCACUACAGUCCUAUGCUCAGGCCGACCGUUUCUUCUUCUCCUUCCCAUAAAAACCGCCCGCAACUCCACCCCUCCCUCCAUGUCAGCUUCACUAGUUCAAAAUCCUUCUAAUGCCCACCAAAACUAGCCCAAUCUCCUCUAUUCUUAAACCAAAUUUGACUCUAGAGAGAGAGACAGACAGACAGACAUGUUCUACUCCCAGUGCUUGCUAUCUAAAAAGGGAACUUUAGGCACCAUAUGGGUCGCUGCCCAUUGUCUCAAAAGGGUCAAGAAAGACCAAGUUGCUCAGACCAACAUCUCUUCUUCUGUCGAAAAGAUAUUGGCAGACGAAGUUCCCGUUGUCUCAUAUAGAGUACUAGGAUACCUACUCUUGGGUGUUGUGAGGAUAUACUCAAUGAAAGUCGAGUAUCUAUUCCAUGAUUGCCGUCAUGUACUCGUAAAAAUCAAGGAUUUUGCGGGUAAGAAAAAAGCAAACAUACACAUUGAGGCCAUUUGUGCACCAUCUCUAUCUAUCACCCGACCAGAAAGGUUAGAACUUGAUACUUUUGAUCUGCAGAUCCUGGAAGAUGGAAGCGGAAAUACCGUGAGACCUGAUGAAGAUAUCGUGCUUGCUGAUGUGCGGAGAAAUGAGGGCAGUGAAGAUUGUUUUUUGGACAAGUUUCUUUGUGAGGAUGCCGAACAUUUUGAAACUUGCUUGACAGCUUACACUCCUGUUGAAGAUGUUCUUUCACCUUACAGCAUGGGAAAUGAUGUGGUUGGAAGCCAAUCACAUUAUUUAACCAACUCAGAAGCAAGCAUAGAGAAGCUUCGAGGCGAUAAUUUCUCACUGCCAGACCGUCUGGAUCCUAUGUCACUUUGUGAGUUUGAUGAAGAACCAGACCUGGAUAGACAGCGUGGUGAGGAGCAUGGCACUGAAAUAGAGGAGACAGAGAUGUGCAAUGCCAAAAAUGUUAGUAUUGAUGAGGAGAAAUCUCCGGAUACUUUGAAAUCAUUUGCUGAAGAGCAAAAUAUGGAUGCAGAGCAUCUAAGGCCCGCGGAAGAGAUAUUACCCGAAACCGGAAAGUGUCCAAGUAUUAUGAAAGACCGCCCAAUAUCUAUUACCAUUGAUGUAACUCCCCAAUCCAAGUGCCCCAACGCUUCAGGUGCUACUACACCAGAGUUUAUGGUGGUUAAAACUCCAGCUGCCAGGGAGGCUGCUCGGGUCUCAAGAAAGAGAAAAUGUUUGUUCGAUGACAUCAUUGUGUUGCCUAACAAGUUAGUUAAAGAAAGCAUUGACGACUCAAGUGACUUGGUUUCUAAACGGAAGAAAGCUCCUUAUACACCCCUCCUCGUCUGGAAAACACAUAAAAUCGCCAAUCUGCCUCACACUUUCUUGGAGCCUUUGUUUCAUUGUGAGUUUUCAUUAGAGCUCAGAUCUCUCUCAACCAAGAAGGAAUUGAAGAGCCCAGAGGCCAUCGAACCUGUGGAAGCUCCUGAAAAAAUAGGGGAAAUAGGAUCCCCAGCUGUUCAUAGAACUCCAGAUGAUACGGUUAUUGCUCCUUCAACACCUGUUACUUGCUCGGCUUCUUUGAGGUUGCAUGACGUACGGGAUAGUACCAUCUUAGACACAGUGGGUCUGGCAAGCUCAUUUGAAAACACAGAGGAAAUAUUUUCUCGAAAAGCGGAUGCAGAAUUUGAUACCAGCCUGGUAAAUGAGGUGACAAAUUCAGGUCAAGGAGAUAACCAGGAAACAAAUGAAUGGUCAAUCGAAACUAGAACACUGGCAAGGUACCUGUGCAGAACCUUUCUGAAGACGAAGAAACGAGGAGGAGACGCGGUAGUGAACUUAUCGCAGGUCCUUAAACGCAAAACCAAGAGUGAAAAUGCAAGGGUGUUUUAUGAGAUCCUGGCACUGAAAACCGGAGGGUAUGUUGAUGUGAAGCAACAAGCACCCUAUGAAGACAUACUAAUACUGGAAACUCCCAAGUUGAAAGAGUCUUGUGAAAGCUGAUCUCAAGUACUUUUGUAGCUUUUAGGAUCCAAGCUGUAUGCUCCAUCUGUAUUUAACUCGUAGGAAGUAUAUAGAGAGUUGUUAACAUAACCAUUAGGAGGCGAGUAGGAUUUUGUAAAUUAAAUUUUCGGCUAUGUACGAUUUUUUGUUGGCUUUUUAUAUAUCUUCAUCUUGUUUAGCUGGUUCAUUUACAAACAAGGGUUGAUUGAAUACUAUGUUAUGCUCAUUACUCGGAUUUUC